GCUUGUUUGACAUUUCCGAGUUAGUGCUAAGACAGUUCAGAAGUAGUGCUCGAUCUGACAGUAAUCUUUCGGGUUGUUCAGUUGCUGCUAAAUUACGAAAGUGAACGAAGAAGUCGCUGAAAAGUGAACAAAAAAGUACCAAUUUACCUUAUUCUAGAUAAAAUGGACAGGUCGGACGAAGUAUCUUUGGAGAACGCCUUCGAAACUACCCUUUCAGCCGCGCCGUAUCUUCAAUUGAAUUUUCAGAGUUCCUGUUGCCCGGGGAACUGGAAGUUCUGGAAUAACUUGUCAAAUCUCUGCAACGUGUCAACAUCAAUGAACUCGGCCAACGAAAUUAAUUUGACUUCGUCUUGUGCUGUAAAUGUGCAACAUUCCGACGUGGAGCAAACUGAUGAUCGAAUAUGCAGAUGGGAGCAGUAUUUGAACGAGAACGCUCCGAAAGAAAACUCGCAGUAUCCGGACGCAGCUCAGAGCUUCAUUUGCGAAAAAACUCAAGAUCGUGAAAUCACUACCACAGUGUUUCGUGCCUGGGAGGUUCCACUCCUUCAAAACAGCCCACAGAACACUGGAGACGAAGGAAAACAUCACUCAUGGCAAAAUUCGCAGGGUACAACAAGCAUUGGUGACGAAAGAACACUGUUAUUAGAAGCAGGAAAAAGAUUGGCCAAUGAGAAACCUCGGAAAGAGAGAACCGCAUUUACGAAACAACAAAUCCGACAUCUCGAGUAUGAGUUCGCGCACAGUAAUUAUGUGACACGUUUACGCCGUUACGAAAUAGCGAUUGCAUUGGACUUAACAGAGCGUCAGGUGAAGGUGUGGUUCCAAAAUAGACGCAUGAAAUGGAAGAGGACAAAGGGUGGAGCAAGAAAUAAUCAAGAAAAGCAAUAGUCAAAAAUUUCUUUUUCUCGAACCUGAGGGAACUUAUAUUAAUGUGUAACUGUAAAUACUAUUUUAUACAAAAUAAUUACGUUUGUCUAUAAUACUUAAGUUUAAAUCUUGUGCUGUAAUUAUAGAAAUAAUAUUAAAGGUAUUUAUCACUCGUUAUGUCUUUACAACACUUGCUGGAGAAAAUUUAAGAUCAACACCUCUAUCUUUCAACUUCUGUUCUAGAGCAGACAAUUUGUCCCGUGUACUUUGGAUGAAGCUAGCCUGGUUUUUCGUCCUAGUAUUUUUUAAUUUAUUUGUAGUCUCUCUGUUUAUCGACUUUGGAUAAACAUCCUUUGUCCAAGAGUUUCCAAUAAAGAAGCGUGAAUGUUGUUUCUCAGGUGGUAUAUAU